AUGUCCGACCUCCCACCGAACGUCCACGUCUCCAGACAUCCGUGUCUCAGAGCGAAAUUAUCUCAGUUAAGGUCCAAAAGCACCACGUCCCGCGAGACUCAAAGGCUGGUCCACGACAUAUCUCUGAUACUGGGCACGGAGGCGCUAGCCAAUAUUGAGCUCGUAGAGGAGGGAACUGACGAAACCCCCCUCGGCUUCCCCUACACACCCACCACAAUCCCUACUCAAACACUAACACUCGUCCCCAUCCUCCGCUCCGGCCUCUCCAUGGUCGACGCCAUCCAAUCCCUCCUCCCUACCCCCAUCAGCGUCCACCACCUCGGUCUCUACCGCGAGAAAUCCACCCUCCAGCCCGUCGAGUACUACAACAAUCUCCCACAAUCACAAUCGCAAUCCGACCCGCCUCUAGUACGAACGGCAAUCUUGGUAGAUCCCGUGAUCGCGACGGGCGGAACGGCAAUUGCGGCGAUCCAGACGUUGAGGGAGUGGGGGGUGCAGAGGGUGAUUGUGGUGAUUGUUAUGGGAGCUGUGGAGGGCGUGAGGAGGGCGGCGGAGGAGUGGAGUGAUGCUACGGAGUUUUGGGUGGGCGCGGUGGAUGGGGAGUUGACGGAGAAGGGGAUGAUUAAGCCGGGUUUGGGCGAUAUUGGGGAUAGGUUGUUUGGGACGAUCGGGAAGUGA